GACGGUGACGGGCAGCUGCCCGAGCACUUCUCCUCGUUAAAAGCCUCCCAUGGAGAGCGUUUUCUAGGGUUUUUCUCUCGCUGGGGAAUUCGAAAGAAGAUAGAAACUUUUCGAAGUUCGAGGAGUUGGGGUUUCUUCCAGUGCUGAAUUCGUCGGAGGGUUUGUUGUUCUCGUUCCGAUCGCUGGAGUUUGAAGAUCUGAGAUUGUAGAUCGGAGUGUCGAUGGCUGAGAUCUGCUGCGGUGUGGUUAAUGAGAGCGAUCCGUCGGUCCCGCGAGAGCUGAGCUCUCGAGCGGCGAGGCGCCGGAGGAUGGAGAUACGACGGUUCAAAUUCGUCGGUGGCGUCGCUACCCCGCCGGAAUCCGGGUGCUGCAAGCGGCAGAAGACGGAGGCGGCACCCUCUCCUGUGCCAUCUCCGCGGGAAUGCGAGAACGCUGUCGAUAGUUCCGGCAGUGAAGAGAGGAAGGGCGCCGGAGGAGAAUCCGCAACGUCGUCAGAAUCGGCGGUCCUCGGCCAUUGCCCGAAGUACGGCAUGUCGUCCGUCUGCGGCCGGAGGAGAGAAAUGGAAGAUGCCGUCUCGAUCCACCCGUCAUUUUUCCAGCGGAAGCCUCAGAUCCCGGGGAAUUUGCAUUUCUUUGGCGUGUACGACGGUCAUGGAUGUUCUCAUGUGGCGAUGUCUUGCAAGGAUCGGAUGCAUGGUCUGCUGGCGGAGGAGCUUGGUAGGGGAGAGGUGGAGCCCAGCGAAUGGAAGGAGGUGAUGGAGCGGAGCUUUUUAAGGAUGGACAUGGAGGUUGUGGGAGGCGAGAACAACUCGACGGUGGUGGUACAUUGCCGCUGCGAGAAACAGACGCCCGAUUGCGACGCGGUGGGAUCAACGGCUGUGGUUGCGGUGGUGGGCCACGAUAAGAUCGUGGUCGCUAACUGCGGCGAUUCGAGGGCUGUCCUCUGUCGGAACGGGAAGCCAGUCCCCCUCUCUUCCGAUCAUAAGCCGGACCGACCGGACGAGCUCCAGCGCAUCCAAGCCGCCGGCGGCCGCGUAAUUUUCUGGGACGGCCCGCGCGUUCUCGGAGUGCUCGCCAUGUCAAGGGCUAUAGGCGACAAUUACCUGAAGCCGUUCGUCAGCUCGGAGCCGGAGGUGACGGUGACGUACCGGUCGCCGGACGACGAGUGCUUGAUCCUUGCCAGCGACGGCCUGUGGGACGUGGUCUCCAACAGCAUGGCUUGCGAUAUCGCGCGCAUGUGCCUGCGCGGCCAUGCGCCCGGUGCGCCGCUAACGGACGCCGGGGGUGACUGUGGCCCGGACAAGGCCUGCUCAGACGCCGCUAUCCUGCUCACGAAGCUGGCCCUCGCCAGGCACAGUACGGACAACGUGAGCGUCGUCGUGGUCGAUCUCCGGAGGGACACGUAAAGACACGUGGACGGAUUACUUUUACCCUUUUCAAGGUCUUUUUUUUUUUUCUUUUUUUUUCUUUUUUUGGGAAAAAAUGGUCGUGUUUGUGCCCGGAUUCUUCUUCUAGAAGUGGAAGGAGGGGUAGUUUCGUAAGAGAAAAGUAAGUAGUGGUGGGUAGAAAAGUCCACCAAAUCCCAUCUAUGUGGAUUUGGGAAGGAAAAAAAUCCCAUCUAUGUGGAUUUGGUAAGGAAAAAAAUCCCAAGGGAAUAUAUACGGAGCUUAUAUGUAUAUGUAAUGGAAUAUUUUCGCUUUUUUUCGAAAGUCAGUAGAUUCGUUUCCGUCCAAUUAGAGCUCGUAUGGUGCUUUGGAUCGUUGGAUCUGGUUGCCCACCCGUGCUUGGGCCAUGUCCUAACAAA